GUCCCAAGCUACAUCAGAAAACGAAGUGCACCUCAUUCACAGUGGAAGCCAAGACGGUGAUGGGCAGCCCGGCGUGGCAGUGUCUCGGUGUGAGAGUUGGUCCUGCCCGGACAUGUUCUGGAGGCAGCAGGAGAUUGCUGAAGCAGCCACCUCCCCAUCGACAGUAGCCACGGCAUCGUGGCCCAAACAGGAAGAGCAAGCGGUGAGGGAGGUCCCCUGGCAUCUGUGGCAGCAGCAUCGAGAACAGGCAGUUGAGGUCUCUCCCAGAUAACAAGCUAAGCAGGCUGCUGAGCUUUUAACUUAAAUCCUUUAUUUUUCUAGUUUAUAUUAAGAAGGGUUUGAAAGUUAACUAUUACCUUAUUUCAAUGGUUUUCUAAUACCACCAGCAUGGUGAUGCCUGCCUUGACAGUCCUAGACACUCCUAUUCCCUCUGUCACCCCUUCAGAAGCCAGAUCUGCCUUCCUGGGAGUCAACCCAAGGAAAGUGAUGGGCCCAGACAGUGUUCCCAGCCAAGCACUCUGAUCCUGUGCAGACCAACUGGCGGAGAUAUUCAGUGACAUCUUCAACUUCUCCCUCCUACAAACCAAAGUCCCCACCUGCUUCAAGAAGAUCACCAUCAUCCCCAUACCCAAGGAAACACAUGCAGUGUGCCUUAAUGACUACCUGCCAAAAGCUCUGACUUCGAUAAUCAUGAAGUGCUUCAAGAGGCUGGUCAUGGCCCACAUCAACCCUGGCCUCCCAACCUUUCCUUGAUCCCCUAGUUUGCCUACCAAUGAAACAGGUCGACAGUGGAUGCCAUUUCCCUAGCCCUGAACUCAUCCCUACAACAUCUGGCUAACAAAGACACUGACGUCAGACUCCUGCUCAUUGACUACAGCUUCGCCUUCAACGUCAUUAUCCCCUCCAGAAUGAUCUCCAGACUCUGUGACCUUUGUCUCAGCUCUGCCCUCUGCAACUGGAUCCUCAGCUUUCCGAACCAUAGACCACCAUCAAUGAGGAUAGGUAACAGUGCCUCCUCCACAACAACACUCCACACUGGAGACCCCCAAGGAUGUGUCCUCAGCCCCUUACUGUACUCCCUGUACACCCAAGAUUGUGUGGCCAAAUUCCAAAUGAAUGCCAUCUACAAGUUCUGAUGACACCACCUCGGUGGGACAGAUAUCUAACAAUGACAAGUCAAAAUACGGAAGGGAGAUAGAGGGCUUGGUGACAGGGUGCAACGAAAACAAUCUGUCUCUCAAUGCUGGCAAAACUAAAGAAAUGAUCAUUGACUUCAGAAAGAGGAGAGGUGAACGCUCCCCCAUCUAUAUCAAUGGAGAUGACGUUGAGAGAGUGAGCUGCAUCAAGUUCCUCGGAGUGAGGAUAACCAACCACCUGUCCUGGACUUCCCACAUCGAUGUGACAGUCAAGAAAACACAACAACGUCUCUUCUUCCUCAGGCGGCUCAGGAAAUUUGUCAUGUCUGUAAGGCUCCUCACCAACUUCUACAGAUGCACCAUUGAAACCAAACUGUCGGAGUGCAUAAUGGCCUGGUACGGCAACUGCUCUGCCCAGGACUGUAAGAAACUACAGAAGGUGGAGUGCGCAGCCCAGACCAUCACAGAAGCCAACUUUCCAUCCACGGACUCCAUUUACAUGGCUUGCUGUUGCAGAAAGGCGGCCAACAUCAUCAAGACCCAUUGUACCCUAGUAAUGACCACCUAUAACCUCUUCCAUCAGACAGCAGGUAUGGAAGUUGAACACACGAGCCAGCAGGUUGGGGAACAGCUUCUUUCCAGCCAUUAUUAGACAGUCGAAUGGACUCAAGCCUCAAAUAAUGUAACCUUCAACGUAACCUGUUUGCCUCUAAGUCUUUUUGAUCUGUACACCGUUUGUUUGCUGAGAUCUGCUUGUACCACUCGUAAACAAAGCUUUUCACUCUAUUUCAGUACACGUGGCAAUCAAUCUUUUAUGAAGAUUAUGCUUAAAAGUUUUUAAACCACUUUGUACCUCGGUACCUUUGUA